AUGGAUUUGCGUUGAAGGCGAUGUCGUCGUUGUUGAUGCAAUUGGCAUGACGAUGAAAGGCGGCGAUUGUGACGUUAGAGAUGAUGCAAUGAAGGAGACGCUUAGUUGCCCAAACGAAUUGAUGUCACCCAAAACAUGGAGCCGCCUGGCAGUUCAGUGCUUAUACAGUGUCAAGCUGGUACAUGACCAUGGCUAUAUUCAUCGUGACAUCAAACCAAACAAUUUCGUGAUGGGACACAGAGAUGAUUAUGAAAGAGCUCGCCUUGUACACAUACUCGAUUUCGGACUCGCACGAUCGUAUGCUGCUCUAAGAAAUGGAAAAUGGGUUGCAAGAAGAGCGAGGGGAACAGCUGAAUUCCGAGGCACCCUCCGUUACUGUUCACCAAAUGUUCAUGAGAAAAAAGAGCAGGGUCGUCGAGACGACUUAUGGUCCUUGUUUUAUGUACUCAUUGAAUUACACUGCAAAUUACCAUGGCAAAGCAUCCGAGAUAGGUCUAAGGUGGAAACUAUGAAAAUGAAUAUUUCUGAUAAGCACCUCGUUCAAAAUUUUCCUCUUGCUCCAGUCAAAUUACCUCCUCUCUACAGUCCUUCGCAUCGUAUUCAAAUAGAUUACUGCUCCGUUCGAACUCAAUCAACUGAACGGGUGGAAGGCAUCCAUAGGGCAGAACUACGUCAUAUUGUCCCAUAUUUGAGAACACUCGACUGUUAUCAACGACCGGAUUACAGGUUCGAGGGUGUCACCUGCCGAUACCACUGCAUGCAUAAGGAACAAGGUGUUGUAUUCAUUUUCAGUAUGUUUUACAAUGGAUUGGUAGCACUUAUGAAGAGGCUCGGAACGAAACCAUCAGACCCCUAUGAUUGGGAGACCAAAGAACAAGUUGCGAAAAUAUUGAAGCAUACGAAACCUGCUGCAUGGGAAGAUGCAGCUCAGUUCUUCAAAUCCGAUCCCAUCAAUAUCCAUUCUCCUCCACUACCAAGUGCAGGAUCGAAUAGUAUAAAGGUUUUGCCGAAACCUUCAAUGCCAAGAGCAGUGACACCUCCACGCGAACCCGAACCAAUACGUCCACAAUUCGAACGUCAAGAACCGGAGCGUCGAAAUGAACGCCAAGACGAAAGUUUACGAACUCCAUCAACUAUUGUGCCGACGCGAACUACAACCACAACCACAUCAGACGAGGUCUCUGCAGCUGUAUCGGGUCUUGUUGUUACAGAAAACAGAGAAGUUACAGAAAAAUCUAGAGGGACCGUUGCAGAAUAG